GUACCUGGGAAACAGAAUUCCUCUGGAAUUCGGAGCAGAGCUGCUGUCUAAGUCACGGACCUCUGGAAUAUAUAAGAUAGAGGACUGCAAAGGGGUGCCACAUUCCAAAAGGACAGCUUAGGCCACGCACCAUGUGGUGGGUCCUGCUGCCCCUGCCGCUGCUGCUGCCCACGGCGCUGCACCUCUGCUGGGCAGGGCCUCCCCAGGAGAGGGGCCCUCUUUUCCGGCUGACUCGGCAGGACUCCCGGGAAAGCGGGACCGCCAACGCCACGGUCUCGCCCUGCGAGGGGCUGCCCGCCGCGGGAGCGUCGACCUUGACCCUGGCGAACCGCAGCCUGGAGCGCCUGCCCAACUGCCUGCAGCCCGCGCUGCGCAGCCUAGACGCCAGCCACAACCUGCUGCGCGCCCUGAGCGCGGCAGAGCUCGGCGCCCUGCCGCGGCUGCAGGCUCUGACGCUGCGCCACAACCGCAUCGCCGCGCUGCGCUGGGGCCCCGGCGGGCCGGCGGCGCUGCACACGCUGGACCUCAGCUACAACCGGCUGGCCACGCUGCCGCCGUGCGCGGAGCCCGCGCUGCCCGGCCUCCGCUCGCUGGCGCUCACCGGGAACCCGCUGCAGGCGCUGCAGCCCGGGGCCUUCGCCUGCCUCCCGGCGCUGCGCCUCCUCAACCUCUCCGGCACCGCGCUGGACCGCGACCCGGGGGCGGGCAUCGCCGACGGGGCCUUCGCGGGAGCGGGCGGCGCGCUCGAGGUCCUGGACCUCAGCGGCACGUUCCUGGAGCGCGUUCGGUCAGGGUGGAUCAGCGACCUGCCGAAGCUCACAUCUCUCUACUUGAGGAAGAUGCCCAGGCUGCGGAUCCUGGAGGCGGCUGUUUUCAAGAUGACUCCCAACCUGCAGCAGCUGGAUUGUCAAGACUCGUCUGCCCUGACUUCUGUCCACACACAGCUCUUCCAAGACACUCCUCGCCUACAGGUCCUUCUAUUCCAGAACUGCAACUUGAGUUCUUUCCCUCCGUGGAGCCUUCGUUCCUCCCAAGUCCUGUCCAUCAGCCUCUUUGGCAACCCCCUCAUUUGCAGCUGUGAAUUGUCCUGGCUCCUCAGGGAUGCAAAGAGGACUGUCCUAAGCAGGGCAGAAGACACUGUGUGUGUACCGGCUUCAGGAUCCCGAGACACCUUCUCAGCCCCUCUUUCGCUGUCCCAGCUGCCCACUGUGUGCCAUCUAGACCAAAGCACCACCCUCAAUUCCAGCUCGCCCCAGGCUGUUCCCUUCACCCACCAACCAUCUACGCAGGGUCUCACCACCCCAUGGAGCACAGCCCCCUCCACUAGAUCUGUGGAAGCUGGACAGAGUGUCACCAAGCCCCCCUCCUUCCCCGCAGAUUCCGCCACACAAACCGCAUGGUCCCACAGUGGCAUCAAGGUGGGGACUGCUCGCUCCAUGGCCAUCCCUACAGCAGAUUCUAGCACCUCCAGUGCUCUGCGCAGGGCUGCAAGCACAGCUGGGGCAGAGCACCAAGAGCACGCUGACAUUCUGGUCCAUGUGCCUCACAUGUCAGCUGCUUCCACCCCCUCGGCUGGCAAACACCCUGGGCCCUUCCCUACCCCCUGGAGCCAGUUGCAGACGCCCCAGCCAGACUACAGGGCACAGGCCACUCUGCAGGAGCCUCACCCGAGUCCUUCUGAGGGUGCGAUUCCAGUCUUGCUGUUGGACGACUCCAGUGAGGAGGAGGAAGAGGGGCAGAAGGAGGAGGUGGGAGCGCCUCCCCAGGAUGUCCCCUGUGAUUACCACCCCUGCAAGCACCUGCAGACCCCAUGCGCAGAGCUGCAAAGGCGCUCGCGGUGUCGAUGCCCCGGGCUCAGCGGGGAGGACACCCUCCCGGACCCCCCCAGGCUGCAGGCAGUGACCGAGACCACCGACACGUCGGCCCUCGUGCGCUGGUGCGCCCCCAACUCGGUGGUGCACGGCUACCAGAUCCACUACUCUCCUGAGGGCUGGGCGGAAAACCAAUCCGUGACAGUGGUGGCGGACAUCUAUGCCACCGCCCGGCAGCACCCCCUGUAUGGGCUCUCACCGGGCACCAUGUACCGCGUGUGCGUCCUGGCCGCCAACCGCGCGGGCCUGAGCCAGCCUGUCCAGGCCUCGGGCUGGACGCGGGCGUGCGCCGCCUUCACCACCAAGCCCAGCUUUGUGCUGGUCUUCGCGGGGCUGUGCGCCGCCUGCGGCCUCCUGCUCGUCACCACCCUGCUGCUGGCCGCAUGUCUGUGCCACCGCAGCAGAACGGCACGCCCGCAGCGCUACGACACGCACCUGGUGGCCUACAAAAACCCAGCCUUCGACUACCCGCUGAAGCUCCAGACACUCAAUUAGCUCUGCACCCCCUCCUCCACCGGAGCUUAAGAACUAGCCGCCCGUGUUUAGAAAAGAAGAGACAGAGGGUCAAAGAGGACCCUGUCAGCUCAGAAUGCCUCUGUGAAUCUCUGUGAAGCCAGCACUCUUGCGGCACAAAGGGAACUUGCCAUGCGGUUUCUCUGUCCGGGGAACCACUGCUUUCCCUGCCGCCUUCUCUGUGCCCGGAAACGUUACAGUUCACACCAGACCGCUCCCGUUGCCACGGCGCAG